AUGACGGACGAGAAGCAAACGGCGCCCAUAACCGCGGAUGGCACCGCGCCGGUUCCACGCCCUCCCGGCUGGAUGUACAAGGGGAUCCGGAUAGGAGAGACAGAAGUGUGGUACGCCUCACCGAUCGUGCAGCUCCUGCUCGUCGCGAUGGUGUGCUUCCUCUGCCCGGGCAUGUUCAAUGCGCUGACCGGCCUGGGCGGCGGUGGCCAAGUCGACGCAUCCGCCCAAAACGAUGCAAGCACUGCGCUCUACUCCACUUUCGCCGUGGUUGCCUUCUUCUCUGGCACCAUCGCCAACAUGCUCGGUGUCAAAGCUACCCUCGCUUUCGGUGGUCUCGGAUACUGCAUCUACGCCGCUAGCUUCCUCAGCUACAAUCACAACCAGAACCGCGGGUUCGUUGUCUUCGCCGGGGCAUUGCUUGGCGUCUGUGCUGGUCUUCUCUGGACCGCUCAGGGGACUAUCAUGAUGAGCUACCCGACGGAAGACACCAAGGGUCGGUACAUCUCAUACUUCUGGACCAUUUUCAACCUGGGCGCCGUCAUCGGCUCGUUAGUACCACUGGGCCAAAAUAUCAACGCUACUGGCACCACCAACGUCACCGACGGCACCUACGUCGGCUUUAUGGUCUUGAUGCUCGCCGGCGCCGUGUUGGCCCUGUUCCUGUGCAAUGCGGACCGCAUCCGUCGUCACGAUGGUUCCAAGGUCAUAUUAAUGAAGAACCCGAGCUGGAAGACAGAGUUCAUUGGUCUCUUCGAGACCAUCACUACCGGGCCAUGGGUUGUCUUGCUGUUCCCUAUGUUCUUUGCAUCGAACACAUUCUACACGUAUCAAACAAACGACUUCAACGGCGCCCAUUUUAACACUCGCACCCGCGCCCUCAAUAACACUCUGUACUGGACCAGCCAGAUCAUUGGUGCCGUCGUAUUCGGCUAUGCCCUCGACUGGCCGCGAGUGCGCCGCUCUAUCCGCGCCAAGGCGAGUUUCGUGGUCUUGUUUAUCUUGACGUUCGCCAUCUGGGGCGGUGGCUAUGCCUGGCAACGGAAGCAAGUCGCUCGCGAGGUGGUCGAGAGCAAGGAAGUUGAGUACCAGCGGGUUGACUGGACAGAUGGAGGUGAGAGGUACAUAGGGCCGAUGUUUCUGUACAUGUUUUAUGGGUUUUAUGAUGCCGCGUGGCAGACGUGCAUCUACUGGUACAUGGGCGCGCUGAGCAACUCCGGUCGCAAGGCUGCCAACUUGGCUGGCUUCUACAAGGGCAUCCAGUCCGCUGGUGCUGCUGUAUUUUGGCGCCUGGACGGGCUCAAGAAGCCUUUUGAUGUUAUGUUCGGUGCUACGUGGGGUCUCCUAGGCGGCGCCUUAGUCUUUGCAGCUCCUGUGAUCUGGCUCAAGAUCAAGGAUACUGUUUCCAUUGAGGAGGAUCUCAAGUUUAGUGACGAGACAGUAGCUGAUGUUGUGGCCCCGGAAAAGAAGACUGUGGAUUCUAAGACUGAGUCUGCUGUUUGA